UAGAUAACAUUCAGCAGCACUGACUGGUUAUCCUACUAGCAAGCUGUCAUUGCCAUUUUAGCAUCUCCAAAGACAGCAUAACCUAUAGCGGACCGUUCGCUUCGGGAAAAUCCCAUAAUCAUCAGCAGCAUCAGCAUCAACAAGAAGAGUAGGAUACGGAGGAUUUAAGCGAUUUGACGAUACGUUUCAUCAUCGCCGCGUUUGCAUUGGUCUCUCGGAAUGCCUUCGUGACGUCAUAAGAGCCAGACGUUCAAUUCGGAGUUUUGAAACAAACACCUGUUAUCUCUCAAACAGACAUCUUGCGCGCGCGUUAACGUUCAACAGAGAAAAGGUUUCCAAAUCGCGCUCCACACGCCCACUGCGGGCACACUGAAGCCGUCUAAUCUCCGGCAGCCAAACUAAAGCCGUUUAGGGAUCCAUUUAGUGAUAAGCCCGACCAGAUAACAUGGAUGGUGAAGAAUUUGCAAUGACGAGAGCAACCAUGGCUGUGUUUGUAUGGCGUGGAGACUAAAAUCAGCCGGCAUCGAGCGCGUUAUUAUUAAUAAAUCAGGCUUUGCGCAUCAGUCUCGGACUUUGCUUUCUGGAUUUCCAGUAGGAAACGUAUCCAUAGCUACGCGACUAUGGGCAAAGACGAAUGCAAAACCAUGUUGGAUGCGCUGAAUAAAGUCACGGCUUGUUACAGGCAUCUUGUCAUCGCUUUGGGCAGCACGUCGGAUUCACAAAAUCUACGUGAGGAGCUGAAAAAGACCCGCAAAAAAGCGCAGGAGCUGGCGGUGGCCAACCGGACUAAACUGACGGCUCUCCUGAAAGACAAGAGCAUCAGUAAAGAUGACCGCGCUGAAUAUGAGCGGCUCUGGGUGCUCUUCACCAGCAGCGUGGAGCUACUGGAGGUGGACAUGAAACGAUCGCUGGAGAUCGGCCAGGAUUUCCCGCUGAAAGUGCCGACGAGACAUCUCAUCCAGACCGGGAUGACCGGAAGCACCACGACCGUGGCCGCGCGAGCCAUGAGCGUCCAAAACAUGAAGUACGAAGGCGACGCGAACAUCGACACCGCCGAUCUCAAAGACCUGGAGACUGAGAUCGCGCAGGUGGACCAGAUGAUGGAGGAGAUGGAGAUGAAGGUCCAGGUGGCCCCGUGGGCCGUGGAGGCGAAACAGGAAGCAGGCGCAGAGUUAAAAUCCACAGUCAGUGUUGGAAACUCGUCUGUCGGUGUGAUUUCAAUUUGCGAGGAGGAACCCAAAGAAACGGUGGAUGGAGAAACUGAUCUGAUGAAAGUAUUCGCAGGCAUCAUUUUCACUGCUGUUUUACUGAUUGCUGGGAUUCUGGGAUAUCUUGUGAUUAAUCUUUGAAUCAAGAUGCUCUCCGGAGAUUGUGAUAUGUGUAUAAUUUUACCUUUCAGGAUGACAGUGGCUCAGGGCUUUAGAUUUUGUGUGUGAAUGUACAUGAAGGCAACAAUACAUGUAGGAAUGUAUGUGUGAAGGUGUAUGAUGUCUUAAUGCUCUUGGUGUGGAGAUCACAUCACCUUGCCAACAUUUGGAUGGGAAGUGUUAAUAAAAUACAUCAGUGUUUGAAUGGAAUACCUAAAAGAUUAUUUGUCAGUAGAGUUGCAAAAUUCCAGGAAUAUUCAAGGCUGGAAACUUUUUAUUGGGAAUUAAUGGGAAUAAACUGGGAAUUAGAAAAAAAAAUGCAAAGUUGCCUAUAGCAGGGAACUUAAAUGUAGUUAUAAAAAUCUUGCAUUAUAAUUUUGUCACAUGCACACAUCAUUGUGACCACACCCCCUGUAUGUACUUGCAUUUUCUUUCAUAACAUCCAUAGAUUUCUUGAAUCUGGCACACAAAAUAAUAUCAAUAUGUACAUCUUUGCAUGUAUUCAAGUACAUUACAUACAAUUCCUUGUGCCGUGUGAAAUCUAGUGUGCAACAACAUUACCGUAUUUUCCGGACUAUAAGUUGCUCCGGAGUAGUCGCAUCAGUCAAAAAAUGUGUCAUGAAAAGGAAAAAAACUAUUUGAAACUAUUUAAAACUAUAAGUCGCAUUUAUUUAGAAAAUUAUUAUUCUUUUUGGGGGCAUUUUGUUUGAUAAGUCUUUCUCUGUUUUCUUUAAAGGUGCAGUGUGUAAUUUUUAGAAAGAUCUCUUGACAGAAAUGCAAAAUGAUAUACAAAACUAUAUUAUCAGGGGAGUAUAAAAACCUUUUUAUAAUGAACCAUUAUGUUUUUAUUACCUUAGAAUUAGACGUUUUUAUCUACAUACAAGAGGGUCCCCUUACAUGGAAGUCGCCAUUUUGUGCCGCCAUGUUUCUACAGAAGCCCUUAAUGGACAAACUUUUUUACCAAGUUGUCUCCGACAAUUACAUGUUUUUCUGGUGGCGGCUACCGUAGCUUCUCUAUGCGUUUCAAAAGUGAGGGGUGAGUAGUGGACUGCGCCGUUGGUUGCAUUUUGCAACCUCACCACUAUAUGCCGCUAAAAUUUACACACUGCACCUUUAAAUUAAUGUUUUAGUUAACAUUUUUUUUGCGGUAGGAUACAGGAGCAACAUAUAGCGCCCUCUCGUGGCUGUAGAUGGUAAUGUUUUCUUUUGGUUCAUGUUAGUCAGUAUGCAUUAAUUUUGACAUAUAAGUCGCACCUGACUAUAAGUCGCAGGACCAGUCAAACUAUGAAAAAAAAUGUGACUUAUAGUCCGUAUAAUACGGUAUAUAAUUGUAAAGACAAACACACUGACUGAGAAAACAGGUGGGAUGAUUUAAGAAAGUACCCAUACAAAAAAAAAAAAACACUCAAAAGUGUAGACAAAUUAGUUACUAUUUGUAAUGUUUUUGAAGUCUCAUGUUCCUCAAGCCUGGGUUUAUUUGGUACAAAAAAGAUCAAAUAAAUCAAGCUUGAUGAGCGUAAGUAACCGGAUUUUUUUAGCACGGAUACAUUGCAUGCAUGUGAUAUACUUUAUAUACAAUUUCCAAAAUUUCAGAAUAAUUCCCAUAAAUUCCCGUUAAGUUUCCAAUUUGAAAUAUUUCCAUGAAAAGUUUCUGGAUUUUUACCAGAAACUUUCAGCCCCUUUGCAACCCUAUUUGUCAAUGUGUAUGGUUCCUUAAAGAACCCUUAACAUACAGAGAAACUUUCUGUUGCACAAUAUGGUCUUUGAAGAAAAUAUGUUUUUCAGACAGUUCUUUAUAGGGAACCAAAUCAAAACUAAAGUGUUUAACAGGGGUUUAUCAACAGAUCAUAAUGAGGUGUGAGAGAUUUUGUUAAGCACUAAGAAUUCACUUCUUCACUUAUAGCACAAAGUAUGUCAUGAAAAUGUAGAUUUAUUUAUGCUAGAAUAUACGCUCUUAAUUCGUUGUUGGGGAUAUCAGUAGGCCUAAAUAAUUUGGGCUUCAUCACUGGAUGUAGACCCACAAGCUGAAGUUUACAACUUUUGUUACACUUGGACCGAGCAGCAAAUGUUCCUCGGUUUAUAUAGAUAGCUCACAUAUCAUUGUAUUUUUGAAGAUUUUGGUAUCCUCUGAGGAUUUACACCAUCAGAUGAACAAGAUGUUCUUGUUGGUCCCUCAGUAAACUAUUGUUGUAUGUCUCUCAGUUCCAACACUGUUUCAUCACUGGAGAAAUAGACCUUUGGUGGUGUAUCUCUGCAUACGCACUGUAAAAAACUGUAAAACAACUUGGUUUUGUCAAUUCAACCUACUAUUUUAAGUUUUAACCUGUGAUAAGUUUAGAUAACUUAUAAAAACAAGUUUAAUUUUUUGAACUUAAUUUGUUAAAGUAACAAAAAUAUAUGUUGAUUUGACAAAAAUGCUGCAUUUUUUAA